AUGGUAACUCCUCCUUCUUCUCCAACCAAAAAACCAGAUGAUUCUCCUUCGGAAACUCCAAUUGAACCCACACCAAAAGUGGCGAUUAAUGAUCCGUAUGCGAUUCACCAUUCGGAUAAUACUAGUCUUGUUUUGUUCACUCCUCUCUUGAAUGGCGACAAUUAUGGAAUUUGGGCACGUGGAAUCACCAUGGCUCUUUCCGCCAAAGACAAGAUGAAUUUUAUUAAUGGGUCAAUUUUGGAACCCGAGGAUUCAAACUUGUAUGCUAGAUGGAAAAGAUCUACUAAUCUUGUUAAGAUGUGGAUCACCAACUCAAUAGAACCAGAUAUAAAAUCUAGUUUUAUGUAUGUCGAUUCAGCAUAUCGACUCUGGAAUGAACUCCAUGAUCAUUUUUACCAAUCCAAUGCUCCCAAAAAAUUUGAGUUGAAACAUGCAAUUUCCACUCUAAAAAUUGAAGGGAUGUCUUUAUCAAUGUUUUUCACAAAGAUGAAAGCAUUAUGGGAGGAGCUGGACGCAACUUCCAUGGGCACUACCCCAUGUAUUUGUGAUGCAGGAAAAGAAAUUGCCGAACACCGCAACAGAGAUAAGGUGAUGGAAUUUUUGCAAGGUCUUGAUGACAGAUUUGCGAAUGUAAAAAGUUCUAUUUUGUUGAUGGAUCCUAUUCCAUCAAUCAAUAAGGUUUACAACCUUGUUCGUCAGGAAGAAAAACAGUUACAUAUUUCUACAUCCUCCAAUGUUCAAGUUGAGAGUGCAGCCCUUUUUAAUCAAAGAAGUGAAUCAAAGUAUUCAAAAGGUCCGGCGAAUAAGAAACCUAGACCUUUUUGUGACCAUUGUAAUAUGAUUGGUCAUUCUCGAGAAAAAUGUUGGAAGCUGAAUGGUUAUCCACCAAAUUAUGUUCCAAAGUCCAAAGAAAGACAAGGGACAAUGCUUGCCACAUCAAGGAACGAGAAAGAAUCUUCGACACCAAAAGAAUCGUUCACAGCUGAUGAUUAUCAAGAGUACAUGAAGUUCAAAUCUUUUAUGGCUUCCAAAGGUGGUGAUUCUUCUGUUGUUUCAUCAGCAAAUCUUGCAGGACCAUACGAAGAAGAUGCAGAUUGGUCUGGCUAA